CAACUCUCUCCUAUUCCUCUUCACCACCACUUACUACAAUGUCUAGCGGACUCCUUGCUGGAAUGCGUUCACCCACUACCCCUCGCUCUGAAUCGGCCCCUUCUCCACGGCCGAAGUUUGAUUCAGAGCUGCUGAAGACUUAUGUCAAGACAUUGCUCUCCAUGACUUUGCAGGGCGCGACCUGGCCAGAACCUCGAGAACGGGACAAGGUUCGGGCGUGGAUGAAAGAGAUAGGUGAGCGUGUUAAGGAGAGGAUGAUUGAGAUCGAGCCUCGGGGCUUCAAGUAUAUCGUGCUAACACAAAUCAACGAGAACUUGGGACAAGGUGGACGUGCGGACAUGAUAUGCCAUUGGGAAGAUUCAGAUACUGUUGUACAAGAGGUCCUCGUGAACGAUUCCCUCAUAUGUAUCUGCAUUGCUUUCGCCGUCCGGACUGUGUAACAUGUAUCCCUCGCAAGGCUGACACACUAUACCCGGUAUUCAUCACGCUAUAAUUCGCCCCGACUAUACCCAACUCGACCUACAUGCGAUUCUAGUUGUUCGUCGAUUAAUGUCAUUUGAACGCCCUCAAG